CCAUUGGAUGGAUGGUCAUAUAAUACAUUAGAGAGGUUAACAGUGGUAGGACAGAGGACCUAUGAGAGAGCUCGAACCAGGAUAGUAGAUUGGCCAACACCUAAACCGCCACGUCCACCUUGUCAGGAUGUGGAGGAACCACUUGUUUAUACAUCACUUGAUGAAGCCUUCUCUAAUAUAGUAAAGCUGAUGUCACAAACUUCUAAACAGUGCAAGAGAUAUUACAAAAGUAACCCACCAUCAGAGACUCAGGAAGUAGCACAAAGACACUGUGACCGGUUCCAUGCGCAGAGUAGUCGUUCCCAUAGCAGAACACCAGUUUGUAUUAUACACUGUCCAACUGUAACCAGCAAUGCAUACAGACAGACGGACAGGCAAAUGCCAGCAGAACAUUAUACAUCGUCUUUUUUCACCUAGAUUUUCUUAUUCAAUGGAAUGAUUUAGUCCAUUUCCAUAUUUUACAACAUAGGAGAACAUUUUAUUAGAUUUUUUAUUGAAACUUUUAGAGGAUUUUAAUUCAUUCUUUUAACGAAUGAACUUUUAUUUGGAUUUUUUAAGAGAAAGAAAAAUAUUUGGAAAAAGAAAUCUAAACAUCAGAAUUUUUAGGAAAGAUUAAUUUAAGAUUGAAAUACAUGUAUAAUUGUUUGUCAUCAAUGUAGUUUCUAUAGUUCAUGAUUGUAUCUAGUAUCAUCAAGAUUUUACAAUUUUUACCUUUCCUUCAUUUGAGCUGGCUUAAUGGAGGAGAGCCAGUUAUUUGUUACAACAAUUACACAAUAAUCUGUCAUGCGAUGAAUUUAAUAGACUCUGAAACAAUGGACAUGACACCAUGUUUUCUGGUCUAUAAUUGAAAACAUGAUAACCAUUUUUCUUGUAAGGUUGUGACCUUGUCAAACUUACUCGAUACUGACUUUAUCUUUUUAGUCUUUAUGCAUGUGAAUAUUAUUUUGGUGCUACAAGUGUUACUAACAUGCAAUGUAUUAUAGUGCAAUUGGAUCUGCAAGACUGUUGUAAGUCCUUUCUUUUAUUUCAUGAGUGACUGCAGUUUUGCAGUAAUCCCUCGAUAUGCAGGUUGUAUGAAUGUGUGAAUUUCUAGUCAUGAGUGUUAAAUUUUGGUGAUUUCUUUAAAACAAAUUUUGAUAAAUGUACAUAUGUAUUGCUCAUUUAUGAAUAUAUAGAAACUAGUAUCUUUUUACAGAAUUUUUCAUGAGAAGCAUUUUAAGAGAAAUUUAAGCAUUUUUAGAGAAAGAAGACAAUUUAUGUCUUAAAAGCCUCAAUUUUCUCAGAUAUUGCACAAAUGAUCCCUUUGUUUAAUACUCUAAUACUGCCUCAUCUUUCAUACUUCAACAAGUGUUUUCUACUGUAAAUAUGGGGAAUAGUGUAUUUGUGGAUUACACACUUAGAGAAUUUUUUUUAAAGAUUGGUCAAUGGUGCUAAAAAUAGUUUUUAGGGAUAUAUACCUGUAUUAUUAAAAUAGAAUUUUCAGAUAAUUCCACGUCAUACUUUUGUACUGUUAUUUUUCAUUGUGUUCAACAUAGAACUUGUGUUCAUUUUAAUUGAGAUUUUAUUCUUUUAUUCAUAUAUGAAUAUUGUUACUAACCUAUUCUAUAUAAGUUUUUUGUAAUAAAAGACAGACUUGGUAAUAAAAUGUCUUGUAAAUGCUUUUA